CCUUCGCUCUGUACGUGCACAUAAAACACAGUGGCGUUCCUAGCUUCGCCGUCCGCUGUCGGAAUUCUUGCAGGAAAGUAGUUUUUCAAAGUGGCAGAGCCCGAGAGAUUGUGUGUGUGUGUGUGUGUUUGUAAACGACCAGACAGUGGAUGGGGGCGGCAUUCCAGAAGCUUUUGGCUGCUCCCCAGAGUUGGCAGAUCCUUUGCGCUUCCGCCAGCUCGCUUACCUUGACGUUUCCGAGACAUAGAGGGAGGGAGUGAGGGAGAGAGAGACCGAGGGUCGGUGUGAAUGAGUCACAUUCUCAGGCGAGCACGCAGUAGCGGCACAGCAGCUCCGCUGUUCAGCUGAUAUCCUUCCGGCAGUGGCUGAGCCAGUCUCCAGGAGAGAGAGAGAGAGACUGUGGGAGACAAGGGGCGGGGAAGGAUCCCUCCUACCACUCUCUCUCUCUCAGACACACAAUCUCUCCCUUUGGUACCUGUUUGCAGUUUGGACGGACUGCAACACCUGAGGCAAGGGAGGACGACAGCCAGGAGGAGGCUCUACAAACCCAAACUCCUUUCAAAUCUCAAAAGCCCACAAAACAACUGUACUCCAGUGCCGAGGAGGGGGAGCUAUCUGACUAUUGAUCGACUCCAACUUUUUAUUUUACUUCCCCAUCGCCCCCGACCAACCCAUCCCUCCGCUUAUUUGCCAUCGCUGCUGCCCUGGACCCUCAGACCCGAUGGAGGCCGGUGUGGAAGACCCUUUAGCCGGGAGGACUGGAGCCUGAGUUUGCUCGUCCUGUUUUGUUUUUACAGGUGGAGAUUAUUUUUGUUAUUUCUCCCCAACCUCCGCCUUUUUUCGUUUCACUGUUUGCCGGGGGUUGGUUUAUUUACAGUCCUGCGAACUUGUGUGUGUGUUUGUGUGGUUUUGUAAAAAAAAUUAAGAAUACACAAGGAAAGGAGGUCGAAGUUGAAUGGGGAACCAGGUGGAGAGACUGACCCAUCUGAGUUACGCCGAGGUACCUACGGCGGAACCGGCCGGGACGGAGCCCGGGCCCCGCAUCGGGGUCUCCUACAUCUUUUCAGUGGAUGAGGACGAUGAUUUGGCGGACGAGCCGGUGGCCGGAGAGACGGGGUCGGGUAGGGGUCCAGCCGCCGGCGGCGAGAGGGAGUGUGACCGGGAUAAAGAGGAGGACGGCGGGGACACGUACGACCUCCUGAACGAGGUGGAGUGCUCCGUCUACUACCGGGACCAGUGCAUCUACGAGAAGAGGAGGAGAGCAGGCCGCUCGGCCAAAGGAGACGGCCAGGAGCUGCUGACCCCUCAGCCGGCCGAGAUCCUGCUGGGAAGGUGCCAGCCCGGAGACCUGGUGGAGUUCGUGGCGGCGAGUCAGUGCCCUCAUUGGGCCGUCUAUGUGGGCGACUUCCAGGUGGUACACCUGCACCAGGCGGAGAUCCGCAACGACUUCCUGACGGAUGCUAGCCAGGGCCGGAGGGGCCGCCUGGUCAGCCAGCGGUACCGCUUUAAGGCGCUGCCGGCCGACGCCGUGGUCCGAGCCGCCCUGCAGCAGGUCGGCGUGCGGGGGGCUCAGCUCCGCUGGAGUAGCUCCGAGUGUUUCGCUGCCUGGUGCCGCUGCGGCCGCCGAGAGUUCAAGGUUGGCGGGGAGCUCCGCAUCGGCAAGCAGCCGUACCGCUUACAGCUUCACCUGUCCGAGCACAGCAGCCACACGCUCGAGUUCCAGAGCCUACAUGACCUGAUCCUGGAGAAACGCCGCAAUGACCAGAUCGGCAAAGUGGCUUUGAUCCGGGAACUGGCCGCCCAUCUGCACAGCGACGAGCAGCAGAGGACUGACCACUGACACCCCUGCUGAGGGGAUCAAGUACCAACCUGCGACAGACCCACCAUCCCAAUACUGAGAGGGUUCAACCUGGGACAGACCCCACCAUCCCAAUACUGAGAGGGUUCAACCUGGGACAGACCCCACCAUCCCAAUAGUGAGAGGGUUAAACCUGGGACUGACCCCACCAUCCCAAUACUGAGAGGGUUCAACCUGGGACUAACCCCACCAUCCCAAUACCAAGAGGGUUCAACCUGGGACCGACCCCACCAUCCCAAUACUGAGAGGGUUAAACCUGAGACUGACCCUACCAUCCCAAUUCUGAGAGGGUUAAACCUGGGACAGACCCCACCAACACAGUACUGAGAGGGUUAAACCUGGACUGACCAUACUAUCCUACAUGGGUUAACAUGGGACUGACCAAACCACCCCCUACUGAGAGGGUUAAAUCAGGAAGCGACCACACCACACUUGCAAAGCAAAUCAAACCCGAACCUGGACCUGACCACCAUCACCUCCAAACUCCAGAGGCUUACAUCAUGGUCUGAUAACAUCAACCCCACAGAGGGUUAUACUUUAUUCCAGGACUGACCACGCAACCCUGCUUCCCACUGAGAGGGUUAAACCCUGGAACUUACCAUUCAAUCACUGGUAAGAGGUUUAAAUCCAGCCUACAACCACCCCCCAAAACCAAACCUGGUUAUCCCUUGGGAUUGACUACACUCCGCCCACUGAGUGGGUUAAACUGACCUCCUCCACAUGCCCAAUCUGAGACUGAUCACACAACACCCACAGAGCAGGUCAAAAACUACGAAUGACCACAAAACACUGAACCAUUUAAAAUCCGGGACUGAUUAUGACACAGACUGAGCAGAUUAAAACUCCAUAACACACAUUGAGAGGGGUAAAACCCAUACAGCCUGGGAUUGACACUGAGCAGGUUAACCAUCUCUGCCAACGUGCACCCCUCCUCACCAAAAAACUGGGACAUUUAUUGAUUAUUCAGGCUGGAAUGAAAAGUUUCACUUCAAGUUUCUUUCCUAUUUCCUCUCACCCAGACAAACUGAAAGGAAGCAUUAUCAAGUCGGUGGAUUGCACAAAAGUAAAAAUGUAAUCAUGCGUUAGCCACACUGUGUUAAUUUUCCUGCAACAUUCCUCAGUUAAUAUAAUCACCGUUUAUUGUGAUACUGGAGUGUUGGGGUUGUUUCGUACUCUUGAUAAUCUGUGACUUCUCUUGUUACUUUUCCCCAAACCACCCCCUCUUCCUCCCCCACCCCAACCCUCCAUCUUUUUAUAUUGCUUGGGUAGAUCAAACCCUUGCUUUAACUGAGAAUGAAAUAACUUCGCUUCAGAAGGGGAACAUUUCUCAGUCAUAACAGUUCCUUCAAAAUGAAGGGCAAAGUUUAAUAGUAGAAGGGGUCAGUUAGGUCGAUCUGAAGAAAGCAAGAAGUUAAAAACGGUUGUGGUGAUGGACAAUGCACACUGGGUUAGAGUGAUUCAGUCAGGAGCAUUCUGAAGUGCAUUAUUUGCCAACUAAAGCGUACAAAUACUUUAUACAGUUAGCUGGAGAAAAUAGCACCUACUGAUUUUAGUUUUUAAGUUCAGCUUCAAGCCCGUAUUGGUUUUGGUUGGUUUCCAUUGUUGAUGAUACAUGUUCCCAUGACACAUUGAAACAGAGUUUGAAGGUAUUCAUAUUUCUUGCACAUCUUUAUUGAGAUUGAAUUGAAUAUUUUUAUAAUGAUAUUUUUGAAUUUAUUGUGCAUUAAGUUAUGCACUAUAGUUGAUAUUUUUGCCUGCCUUACUUUUGAUGUGUGUGACAUGUCAAAGUUUUGCAAGGUUCUAAAGAUCAACAGAAUGCACAGACCAUGUAUUGAUAGUGUCUAAAUAAGCACUUGUGUACAUUGCGAAACCAUGUAAUAAAAUGUUGGAAUAUGUGAUUUUC